AUGGCCGUGGCAGACCUGAUUGACAUUAAGAAGUUGAAGGAACUGCGGAGGACCAACCCCAUCAAGGCCAAAAAUCUCAUAAAAAAAAUAAAGAAGAAAAAUGCCAAGAAGGAAAAGAAGGACAAAACGGAGAGGAAGAUCGACACCAAUGGUGCUGUAAAAAGAAAUGCUGCGAGCAGCCACCGAUACGAACCCUACGUGGAGUACGUGGAGGAAGAUAUCGAUGAAGAAAUUUUUAAAAACUUCCAAGAUGUGUACAAAAAGUUUAAAGGGAACACGGAUGACCUAGCGGAAUAUGAACAGGAGAUGGAAGAUGAAAAAAAAAAAAAUCUGAAGGAUAGCCACUCGGAAGACGACUCAGAUGAUGACUCAGGUGACGACUCGGAUGAGGACUUGGACGAUGGAGGAGAAGAAGAAGAGGAAGAAAAUGGGGGAAAGGCAAAAAAUAAAGAACCCAUUUCUAAAAAAGCAUUAAAAUUGCUAAGUAGACCAUCCGUUGUGAAAUUAAAAGAAUUUGCAAAAAAACCGGAGCUAGUCGAAAUAUGGGACACGACAGCAAGUGACCCAUUUUUCUUUGUCUGGUUAAAAUGCCUAAAAGAUUCGGUGCCUGUGCCACAACAGUGGUGUCAAAAGAGGAAAUAUAUGCACGGAAAGAGAGGCAUUGAAAAAAUCCCAUAUAAAUUACCCCCCUACAUUGAAGAUACCAAAAUUAGUGAAAUUAGGCAAGCAAUAAAAGAAAAAGAAGAACAAAAAUCAUUAAAGCAAAAAAUGAGAGAUAGAGUCAGACCAAAGCUACACACCAUGGACAUCGACUACCAAACACUUCAUGAUGCUUUCUUUAAAUAUGCAACAAAACCAAAAUUAGUAAAAUUUGCAGAUGUAUAUUAUGAAGGAAAAGAAUUUGAGUUAAAAACGAAAAAAUUUCGCCCAGGAGUUAUUUCGGAAAAGUUGAGAAAAGCAUUAAACAUAGAUCCAAGUGAACCCUUACCUUGGUUAUUUAAUAUGCAGAAAUAUGGAUUACCUCCUUCUUUUCCAUAUUUAAAUAUCCCAGGGUUGAAUGAACUUACAUCGGAGAACUCAGCAGGGAUGACUAGCCAUGGCAACACAUCAGGUUUACACCCACAGAGUGGCAUGAACAAACCACAAGAAGAUGGAGCAAAAGCAAAAUACGAAAAUGUAGAUGACUCGGGAAAUAUCGUUUAUGGAAAUUUCAUAUCUCAUCACACAAGUGAUAACAGUAGUAAGUACCCUGAUGACUUCCUAUGGGGAGAGAUAGAUGAAACUUAUGUAAACUCUGAGGAGGAGGAAGAGGAAGAGGAGGAAGGAGAGGAAGAAAUGGAAGAAGCAGAUGAAGAGGGCAAAGAUGAGAAGAAGAGAAAAAAAAAAGGAUUGUCAAAAGAACAGAAAGAAAAAAUGGAUGGACUCGAUUCGGAAAAUGCAAAUCUGAAUUUGAAUGACGAUAUAAUGAAAGCGAAUUAUAACAGUGGACUGUACAGUGUUGCCACGAAUACGAAAAUAAACGGGUCGUAUACUCCCUUCAUGGAAAGCGGAGUAAACUCCGUAGAUCUUACUUCCUUCAUUUCUGGAUACGAAACACCUAAAUAUGUGUACAAUAAUAGCUACAUCAAUCCAGCACAUAUCAAGCCAUACACAGUGCUCCAAAAGGAAGAAGUACCCAUGUCAGGGAAUAAUUUAUUUGCUUCAAAUGUGAAAUAUAAAAUUAAUCCCGCUGUUUCUAUCAUGAGUAAGUCGUCGAACGUUUCAGAGGCAGGGGGAGGAGGUAUCACCCCUUUCAGCGCAGUCGCCAUGUCAACACCUUAUGCUCCAAGUGAGACGGGAAAGAAACUCCAAAUUAAUCCUCCACAGACCAAUAUAGAAGAUAUAAAAAAGGAGCUCAGCAAACAUGAGGAGUUGUCGAAUAAGGCGAAGCUCGUGUCGGCUCAGGUAGACCCACCCAAGAAGGGCAAGAAGGAGGAGAAGAAAAAGAAAAAAAAGAAGUACUUCAAGUUUUGA